UCACAUUUAAAGUUAUAUUAGUUUGAAUUUAUUUUCAAAUUUUAGUUAGGUUAAAGGUUUUCUGUUUAUUUGUAACUGGCUUUAUUUUACUAUUGUGAUGUUUGGAGAGAAAGUAAUAGAACUUUUAAAAGAAGCAGAGAGAAAUCGCGAAACAAUUGAUUUAUAUAAUGAUGAAAAAAUACGUCAAAUUAUACAAGAAAUGCAUGUUUUAUUUAAAAUGAAUAUGAGUGACGCCAAUGCAACUACUGAAAAUAAAUCUCUAUGGACAACCGUUCAAGUUCGUCAUUCAGCAUUAGAGAGAAACAAAAGAUGCCUUUUAGCCUAUCUCUACAAUAGAAUGAUAAAAAUUAAAACUUUGCGCUGGGAGUUUGGUUCUGUUCUGCCACCAGAUGUGCGGGAGCUUCUUUCAGAUAGUGAAUAUGAUUGGUUCUCAAAAUACUCAACAAACCUGGCUACAUAUAUGCGAUCACUGGGAGAAGACAUAGGCUACAGUGGUAUAGAUCUCACUGAAAACCUAAGGCCACCAAAGUCUCUAUAUAUAGAGGUACUAUGCGUUACAGAUUACGGGAAGCUCGAAUUGGAAGAUGGUGAUGUAAUUACUCUCAAGAAAAAUAGUAGACAUUUCUUACCAACAUCUGAAUGCCAGACUCUAAUAAGACAAGGCGUUUUGAAACAAAUAAUCUGAUAUUAUUGUUGAAUUUUAUAGUCUGUAAUGGCUGGGCAUAUAAGGUUGAAUAAAAUGAAUGUCAUUAAUUUUAUAUUAAAUAAAAAUGACAUACUAUUACUUGUGAUACUUGUAUUUAUUGUUAAAGUAAAAUUGAUACUUAAAUUUA